AUGGCAGCAGCCACCGCACAUGAUGCUCAAGCUCCUAUGGAGAAGGAUUUCAGCAACAAUGGGUACACGAAUGGCAAUGGACAGAACUCGUAUCACUUGAACGAUACCAGUAUGGACAGUGACACAGCAUUGAAGAGAAUCAGAACAGCUGGAAGCAUUUCCAUCUCGCCUGAGCUUUUCGAGAAGAUCUACCUUUCGCCUCAGAACCAAGUAAAGGGUGAUUUACGAAAGACAUUCGGUAACCCAACUCCAGUUGCCAUUUGUGGCUUUCUCCUCUGCCUAUCUCCUCUCUGCUGUAUUCUUAUGGGAUGGCGAGGCUCUGGCGGCAAUGGUGCCUCUGGAAUUGGCUCUUACUUCUUCUUUGGCGGUGUUAUGAUGAUGGUCGGUGGCUUCCUUGAAUUCAUUCUUGGAAACACUUUCCCAUUCGUGGUUUUCAUGUCUUUCGGCGCUUUCUGGCUCACAUUCGCGUCAACUCUUCAACCAUUUUACUACGCCUAUGGAUCUUAUGCACCUCCCGGCGAACCAGAAUCUGCGGGUAUUGCAACAGUCGGAUUCACAUCCUCAUUCGCAUUCUUCCUUCUCUUCAUGGGAGUUCUUUGCUUCGUCUAUCUCAUCUGCUCUCUCCGCACCAACGUCGUCUUCGUCAUUAUCUUCUUCACUCUCGUCCCAGCUUUCGGUCUCCUUGCUGGCGUUUACUGGCAAACCGCUCUUGCUAUUAGCACAGGAGAUGCUUCGCACGCAGAGACGGCUCACAGAUGUCAAGUCGCUGCUGGUGCGUUCACGUUUGUCACAUCUAUGGCCGGAUGGUGGAUCUUCGCCGCUAUCAUGCUCGCUGCACUUGACUUCCCAAUCCAACUACCAGUUGGGGACCUGUCCACCAUCAUCAAGGGUGCCAGUGAGAGGCAGAAGGCUAAGGAGAAUAUGGUUUGA